CCGCGACGUCAGUGUCUCUCUGGCACUGAGCUGAGCUGGUCGGGGCCAGCAGCAACGUCACUCUGACGGCGGCAUCAGAGCAGAAGGACGGCCAUCCGCGCAGCAACGAGCCGCUCCGCAACUCGGCGGAGGGAGACAGUGUUGGUCAGCGGCUCUCUGUUUUGGGACUGACUGGACGGCGACUUUUCGCGUGUGUAGCUCAGAUAAACCCCGAAGUCACUCAACAAGGACACGCUUUAAUUCAUUUCAAGUGUCUAAGUAACACCCAGGACCAGAAGGCUUGAGCAAACACAAGAUGGUGAUUACCAGCGUGGCAUCCCUCAGAAGGACAUCACUUGCCGUGGACACGGAGAACAGAUGUUUGCAGUGAAGAGGAGCAGACUGGAGAGGAGGUAGUAACAGGUGCUGCGUGCCAAGGUGGAUUUGGAGGUGUGGGGGAGAGCUGAAGAUCAUGGGUAAAUCAAACAGCAAGCUCAAGCCAGAGGUGGUGGAGGAGUUGACAAGGAAAACCUACUUUACAGAGAAAGAGGUGCAGCAGUGGUACAAGGGCUUCAUUAAAGAUUGUCCAAGUGGGCAGCUGGAUGCUAUCGGCUUUCAGAAGAUAUACAAGCAGUUCUUUCCUUUUGGAGAUCCCACAAAGUUUGCCUCCUUUGUCUUCAACGUAUUUGAUGAAAAUAAGGAUGGACGCAUCGAGUUCUCUGAGUUCAUCCAGGCCUUGUCAGUGACCUCCCGGGGGACUCUUGAUGAGAAGUUGAGAUGGGCUUUUAAAUUAUAUGACCUUGAUAAUGAUGGCUACAUCACCCGAGAUGAGAUGUUGAACAUCGUAGAUGCCAUAUAUCAGAUGGUGGGGAACACUGUGGAGCUGCCAGAAGAAGAAAACACACCAGAAAAGCGAGUGGACCGUAUCUUUGCAAUGAUGGACAAGAAUGCAGACGGGAAGCUGACUCUGCAGGAGUUUCAGGAGGGUUCAAAGGCAGAUCCUUCUAUUGUUCAGGCAUUGUCUCUCUACGAUGGACUUGUGUAGGAAUUUAAGAUGGAUCCAACUCAGCAUCCACACGCCAAAAUCCAGCACCAUCACACCUACGACGAGACGGGAGGAAGCCACAUUUAACUCGCUCACCCAGAAGUGGACUGUUUAUCGUACGGCAUCUUGUGUCAGGUAGCCGUUCGCCUACAUUUCCAAAUUGGAUGUAAACAAAUAUAUACUCUGAUGUGACGGAGAAGUCAAACAUGUCAGCAAAACCCUCAGUCAUUUAUCUGUGCUUCUACAGCUAUGUGGCACCGCGUACACCCUUGAGUGUUGUGGACUGUGUACGAGCAUUUUUGCAAGCGCAGUGUUGUGGUUUCCCCAUGGACAGUCCAAGGAACUGAAUUUCCCCCCUGAAAUGUUAGUCAUGUUCACAUACUGUAAACCAGGGGAUGCACCUGAACUGCUCAGAGGAACUGUGCUGCUGCUUCACCACAUGAGGAGACUUGAAAACCCGGGAGAAUCUUGGGAGAAUCUGGAGAAAUGUGUUACUUGGUGAACAUUGACUUAAAGUGACAAAGCAGUAUAGUGUACAUUGUAUAAUGUAAAUAGAAUGGUAAUUUAUUUUCUGCUUUGCUGCGUUUUAUGGGAAUUUCCUCCUAAGUAUGGAAUGAAGUUUUAUUUUUUAUCAAAGGUGUUGAAAUGUAUUGCACUGUAUUUUCAUUAUUGUGGGAUUGUUUUUUCUCACAUUCUGAAGUUUCUCUGUCCUGAGAGAGCACAGGUCUUAUUUGAAGAAGAGUGUUGAAGGAGCCUGGAGUUUACUAUGGAUUAUUUUACUAUGUUUGCAGUCUCUGCAUCCCAUUGUGUUUUCACUUCCCCGUUAGCACUAGUGUCUAGUGUCUGCAGCGUUGCACAGCCACAUCCUGAACGACAUGACCAAGCAACACCGCCAAUUCUCACAGCUUACAUCUGAACCGAGGCUCAUUAUUUCUUUUGAGAGCAUCGUACUCCACCCCUCAGCACAUACAAAGCCCUGGUCAUUGAGAGGCACAAACAGACAUCAAUUCUGGUUGUAAAGCUUUUUUUGCGAGCUCUGUGGUUGCAAUUGUCCACAUUGUAUUUGUCCUGUGUGAGGCCAGAGCAUGUGAUGAUGCCUUUUUAUCAUUCUUGGAUUGUUUAAGUUACCGAAUUAAGAUGUUUUAACAGCUUCACUGAUUUUAUGCCUUAUGCAAAUGAUAAUUUACUAAAUGAUAAAUGUCAUUUACCUGUUUAUUAACAGUAUAAGAGCACAGAAUAAAAUGCAUUUAAGUGGCAAA